CUCUCAAUUGCACCACACAACACCACCAUGAACACUCGAUCCUUCACUCUAUCUAUCUUUGCCGCAGUUCUGUUUCUUCAGUGUCUAAACCCCACCGGAGCUGCCACGUGUCAUCCUGACGAUGAGGCGGGUCUUUUAGCUUUCAAAUCAGGUAUAACUCGAGAUCGUCUGGGCAUUCUAAGGCAGUGGAAAAAAGGUACUAAAUGUUGCUACUGGAUGGGUGUCAUUUGCAACACCGGUGACCGCGUCACCAAACUGGAAAUCAAUGGAUUUGGCAUUCUUGGCCAAAGCGUCAUCUCUGGCACAAUCUCGCCUUCCCUGGCCAAACUUCAACACCUCGAGGGAGUUUACUUCAACUAUCUUAUAAAUGUCACUGGAUCAUUUCCUCAAUUUCUUUUCAAAUUACCAAAUCUAAAGUACGUUGACUUCACAAAUACUCGUCUCUCUGGUCCCCUUCCGGCUAACAUCGGUGCGCUAAGACAGUUGAUAGAGUUAACUCUGGAGAAAAGCCAGUUCACUGGUCCGAUCCCGACUUCCAUAUCUAACCUGACUAGUUUAACGUUGCUCAGACUCAGCGGAAACCGCAUCUCCGGCACCAUCCCAGAUGUUUUCAAAUCUAUGACGAAGCUUGUAUCUCUUGAUCUCUCUCGGAACCGAUUGUCAGGAAAUCUUCCUCCGUCAUUGGCAUUGCUUUCAUCAACCCUUGAGCUCCUUGACGUAAGCCAGAACAUUCUCUCGGGGACGAUCCCCAGCUUUUUAUCGAGACUUAAGGUGCUUUCACAAUUGGUUCUCUCCAAGAAUCAGUACUCCGGUGUUGUACCAAAGAGUUUUGCUAAUAUGAAAAAACUUAAUCAUAUUGAUCUCUCACACAAUCUUCUAAGCGGUCCAUUUCCUACAAUGAAGAUCGUUAAAGGCAUCUUCUAUCUUGAUCUGUCAAACAACCAUUUCCACUUAACAACAAUACCGGAAUGGGUGACCUCGUCGCAGUCUAUCUACGGGUUAAAACUUGUAAAAUGCGGGAUCAAGAUGAGGUUGGACGACUGGAAGCCAUCGAGACCACAAUUUUACUUUUACAUCGAUCUGUCAGAAAACGAGAUCACUGGGAGUCCAACAUGGUUCCUAAACCAAGCAAUAGAUCUGGCCGACUUUCAGGCGUCAGGCAACAAACUCCAAUUCGACAUGGGGAAGCUAAAAUUUGGGGAGUCAUUGAGAAUGUUGGAUAUAUCAAGGAAUUUGGUAUUUGGGAAGGUGCCAGCCACCGUGGUUGGGUUACAGACAUUCAACGUGAGUCAAAAUCAUCUUUGCGGAAAUCUUCCAGUGACAAAGUUUCCCGCGAGCGCGUUCAAAGGUAACGAUUGUCUUUGCGGCUCACCACUUUCUCCAUGUAAAGCUUAAUUAGCAGCAUGAAACUACAUAUUUGUAGCCACAAAUAAGAUCUGUACUGAGCAAAAUAAAUUAUACUUUAAGAAACGAAGAGGGUCCAUCACAAUAAUAAA